ACCUGCACCGGCCAGUCAUAUCACUCACAAUGGGAGGCUGCAGCUCAAGAUAAUACUGUUUGACCCCAAACAUCAUAUAGGUCAUGCCUUGUCCUGCUUUGCUAAGGAAGUUAAAGGUUGAGCUGGUGAGCUUGACCCCUAAUAAGCCUUUGGAAUUUCCCCACAUACAAACAAGACCAGGAUUUUUUUUUUUUUUAAUUGGGAACUAACUUGAGUUCACUUUAGAAUCCCUUAUUUGGUGCACAUGUCUGGCUGUUCAACAGCGGUUCCAGCUUUACGAGCGAGUUGAAUUCUUCCCUCAGAAAAACUGCUAGUUGGUUCAACAGAAGUCUCGAGAUACACGUGGGAGAGGAGAGUUCUUGCUGAGACUUACUCCAGGAGAAAAACCUCAAAGGGGCAUCUUGAAAGCUGAUUUCAGGAUGGAGCUGCGAGGGCAAAAAAGCGCUCUGCACACAAACAAAUACUGUCCCUUGACCAAUCGUUGCAGAAGGAUUCUUCUAGCAAAUACUGCAGCCUUUGCGGUAAGAAUCUGGCUCCUGAGGGGGCAGCUUCUUCUCCUGCUGCUGUGCUCUGGUCUGCAGAGACCCACGAUUGCAGUUAAAAUCGACUUUGACUUGGCACCAAAUUCCUUUGAUGAUCAGUACCGAGGCUGCAGCCAACAAGUCAUGGAGAUGCUGCUUCAAGGGGAUUAUUUCAUGGAAGAACUAGAAUCCAGUAAGCAUUACCGCAAAGUCUGGCAGCAAACACACUUAAACUGGUUGAACCAAGAAAAAUCUCUCCCCGGGAGCAUGACUAUUACACAUGCUGUGGCUAUCUCGGUUUAUUUAUCGGACGACAGAGUUCACUUAGACUUCUCCAGAGCCAUGGCCAGUGCUGCUGGGUCUCUGCAGCAGUAUAAACAUUCAUUCCGUUUCAAAUAUCUGCACUACUUCCUGACCUCAGCAAUCCAGCUGCUGAGGAAAGAGAUUGUCUCAAGGAAAGACUCUCUGUGUUACGAGGUGCAGCAUGAGUUGAAGGGCGUUUACUUGCAAGCCCCCGUGGGUGCCAUCGUUCGCUUUGGCCAAUUCCUCUCCACCUCCCCAGCAACAGAACAGGCACAGAGGUUUGGGAACCAAACUCUAUUUACCAUGUUGACCUGCCUGGGGGCACCAGUACAAGACUUCUCUCUCAAGAAGGAGGUCUUGGUCCCUCCCUAUGAGCUGUUUAAAGUGGUCAAUGCGAGCUACCAUCCAAGAGGAAACUGGUUGCAAUUGCUGUCAAAUGGGAACCAAAGCACGUACAACUGUCAGCUGCUAAAAGCUUCCAGCAGAAAGUGCAUCCCUACUCCUCUAGUUAUUGCUUCUCUCUCCUUUUUGACCAGUGUCAUCAUCUUUUCCAAAAGUGGAGCAUAAAGG